AUGUCGGAUUCGGAAAAGGUUGUGGAGCCCUUUGAUGUGGCAGAAUCGAAUGAGUCCUACAGUGAGGCUCAAGGGGAGAAGGAGAUGGAAUCGGACCUUCCUAUAUUAAUUGAAGAUUCAGAUGAGGAAGGAGAGGCUAUGGAGGAGAAAGAGAUUUCUGAGAAGCGGGAGAAUUUAGAUGAUGCUAGUCUUCAACGCAUUGGGGAUUUUCUUCCAUUUCUGGAAAACGAGAAAAAUGCUCAGAUUGGGAGGGAUGGCCUUAAAGCUGAACUCGACCAUCUUCAAAAAGAGUCUCAACAGUAUGCUGAGCACAUUUCUUCCCAAAAACGUAUUUUGCAAAAAUACGUUUUAGAGGAGAAAGAGAUAUCUGAGAAGCGGGAGAAUUUAGAGGAAUGCGGGGAGGUUAUAGCGGAAUUACACGAACGGGAGGAGAGUCAGCUACUUCAAGUAGAGGCUUCUAUGAGACGCCAGAUGGAGCGUCAUUCGGCUGUUUUUCAAAGCGCUCUUAGUGGCAUCCCCCAGGAGAAAGAGAUUUCUGAGAAGCGGGAGAAUUUAGAAGAAUGUGGGGAAGUUAUAGCGGAGUUACAUGAAAGGGAGGAGAGCCAACUUCUUCAGGUGGAGGCUUCUAUGAGACGCCAGAUGGAGCGUCAUUCGGCCGUUUUUCAAAGCGCUCUUAGUGGUAUCCCCCAGCUAAAGACCCCUGAGAAUCUGGCCGCUGCUAAACGUCCCCGUACAAAUGAGGAAAGUGGUAUUGUUGAGGACUCCCAGGCUUUAGAUGCCUUAUCAAAGAGGGUGAAAACAAAGGGUUCUGUGCCUCUUCAAGUUGCAUCAGCUUCCGUUAAAAGAGAGGUGAAGCAAGGGGCUUUUGGUUUUGACAUGGAGGAGGAGCUUCUGGACUUGCUGAAUCCUUGGCAUUGCUAUCAUCCCUUCAGAGGAAGUCUAUUCGAGCCAGAGGAUCCGAUUGGGUAUAAGCGCAACGUUUUCAAGCGCUUUGGUUUGGACUUACAGAAGUUGGACAAAGAUUCAAAGCAUUUUCUUCCGGUUCCGGGUUGCGUUGUACAAGAUUACACAUAUGGUUCGCCCCAGAAUCGUCAUCAAGGGGCAAAAUUGAAAAAUUCAGGGAAAGGCCCUUGUGUUUUGCUUCUUGGCACUUCUUUAACUGUUCCUUGGAGACUGGCCGAAGGGCGCAAUACAUUUUGUGAUAACAUCCGACCCGAAAAGGCCACAACCAGAGCGUACUCGUUAAGUGGAUGGUCUGCUUUGGUUGGAGAGGGACAAGUGGUUUCUCCUGAAGAAAUGCGUAACAGGGUGUACGCGGAUCUACAUUUGAGUUCUUCCUUUCGCUUUACUCAUGUUUUUGUUAGAGUGGGGACAAAUGAUUUAAAGAAUUUAACUGAACCUGACGUUAUUUGUCAUUAUCCCAAUUUCGGACAUUUUCUGCAAGCUCUCUAUGGGUAUUUUGAUGAACUUUCCCGAGCUUUUGAUGCGCCAGUCCUGGCUUUGGGGGCUUCAGCUCCCCCUGCGUUAGCGCAAGGGAGUAAUACAUAUUUGAUGGAAAAGAUGGAUCUGGACUUGCAAGGGGUUCCUCUAAUCCCUCUUAGGAAUAACGGGGUUCCAAUUUUGAGUCAAAGAGGGCGCGAAAGCGCCGGUCAUGCUUUUCAGAUGGCCUUAUACAAUGGUUUAAAGACUAAAAUUGGAAAAAGGCAAGGGGCUCUAAGCGGGAAGGGAUGGUGGGCAGUACCGACUCCGGUCAGGCAUCUUGCUGCUUUUGAUAGGUCAGAUCGUACAAAGUUGUCCUUUGGCCACAUACACACUCGGGCCUAUCUGUUUUUUGCCCAGCUUCAUGCUGCGGCUAUUUGUUUUGGGUUGGAGUGGACCCAGUGUCUGAACAAGACUUGGGGGGCAUUUGCUUGUGCUGGUAGCUGCCCGUACUGGCUGUCAGUGCCGACUCCGGUUAGGCAUCUUGCUGCUUUUGAUAGGUCAGAUCGUACAAAGCUGUCCUUUGGCCACAUACAUACUCGGGCCUAUCUGUUCUUUGCCCAGCUUCAUGCUGCGGCUAUUUGCUUUGGGUUGGAGUGGACCCAGUGCCUGAACAAGACUUGGGGGGCAUUUGCUUGUGCUGGUAGCUGCCUGUACUGGCUGGACAGUGGAAAAACUGCUCCAGGGAUACCCCCUGGAUUACCUCAUCAUCAUUCUACGGAUCAUGGUCCCAAGGAGUGUUUUGGGAAUGGACCUUUCCAUAUCAACCCGGCAGUUAUUGGAUCGGGAGGUGAUCCUUUCAGACAGAUGGACGAAAUCUUAAGUCAGAAGAUGUUCCUGGAAGUCUUCUCUGCGGACUUCUUGUGCUCGGACCCCAAGAGAGCUGUGUCUGGACGUUUCGUCGUGGGAUCAUCAUCUCGAGUUGGGAAUUCCUCACAAAGAAAAUUCAUAAUAUCAAAGGUCGGGGACAAGGCCUGGGUUGUGGGAGAGGGAGGUCUAGAGUUUGCGGAAAUGGCAUCUCUUUCUCGUUAUGUUUAA